AUGAGUUCCAUAACUUUUCAAACGCCUCUUACACCGGAGGAGAAUAAUUUGUUUCGCGAGCAGUUCCGCAGGCUGGAUGAUGAAGAAUUGGGAAUAGUUACAGGCGAAGCUGUGAAACCCCUAUUUGCCGCUUCUGGGUUACAAGCUCAAACUUUAUCCCAGGUCUGGGCUCUUGUCGAUGUGAAUAACAAUGGCUUUUUAAGUUUUGACGAAUUUGGUGCUGCUCUGAGAGUAAUCGGUCAUUUGCAACAGUAUCCAAGUUUAGCGAUUACCAGCGAUCUAUAUGCGCAUCCUUCUGCUAAACUGCCCGUUUUGAAUGGGUCCCAAGUGGGAAUUCAACGUGCUAGUUCUCAAACUUCAGCACCAAUUCCAGUGCUUGCACCUCAGAGCCUGUCGAAGUACUCCCAAUUGUAUGAUAGAGCUGCAAAUGGUGCCCUCACCUUGCCCGGUGACAAGGCUAAGGAUAUUUUCUUGAAGGCUAGAUUGCCUACAUCUACUCUGGGAGAAGUGUGGGCUUUAUGUGAUAGAAAUGCCUCCGGAUCCUUGGAUAAGACAGAGUUUGUUAUGGCAAUGCACUUGAUCCAGUUGUGUAUGACAAACAGCCCCUCAGUCAACCCAUUGCCUUCUACACUACCUAGCCAAUUGUGGAAUUCCAUUGGUGCCAGUGUUGCCGCUACAGUGGCUCCCUUGAGUGCCAACUCCACUGGCAGAUCAUCUCUUGGCAGACGAAGCACUAUCUCACGUCUUUCUUCGGGUGUUUUCACUAGCGCUUCAACAGAUUGGUCUUUGUCGAUGGAGAAGAAACAGCAAUUUGAUGCAAUCUUUGACUCUCUGGACAAAGCACGUACGGGGUCUCUCAGCUCGCAGGUUUUAGUUCCAUUUUUCCUGUCUUCAAAGUUGAAUCAGGAUACAUUGGCUAGCAUCUGGGAUUUAGCUGAUAUUCACAACAAUGCGGAGUUUACCAAACUGGAAUUUGCAAUUGCAAUGUUUUUAAUUCAAAAGAAGAACGCUGGGGUGGAACUUCCCGAUGUUGUCCCUGACCAGUUGUUGCAUUCACCCGCUCUAGGUUUAUAUCAACAGCAGCAACAACCUCAGUUAGCAGUUCCUUCUAGAGAAACGAAACCUUCAUUUCAGGACCAAGUUCAACCUCAGAUUCCUCAAAAUUCAAACAACGGUUCAUUGAAUGACUUGAUGGCUCUCAAUAGCUCAUUCGCCUCUCCUUCUCCACAACCACCCAUUCGUCAUAGUUCUAGCAACUUUGGACGAGACACAGGUUACACAGCUGCACCAGCCAGUCAUUCGGCUAGAAAUGUGCCUGGACAGGUAGAUUGGAGCUCACCCAAUGUCAUACGGGAGGAUGAAGAAGAGAGGACGAUGCAAGGCCAAUACCAAGUGCAGUCUCAACAACCGCAGCAACAACAGAUGCAGCCGCAAGCACAGCCAGUUCAAUAUCAACAGGUGCAGCAAACGCAUGCUCCAAGUGUACCUCAAACGGUCUCGAAGAGUGUGUCUCCAAAUGCCGCACAUCAAACUUCCAACUUAUCUCAAGUUCCCAACUUCGCAUCCAUUGGGCUCAGUGGGGCAUCCGCUGCAGCAGGAAUGGUGGGAGCUGUUGGAGGGUCAGGUCACCGAAACAAUGAUUUGUAUGCGGAUGCAGAGGCUUCUUCUCAGCUUUCAUCAGCGACAACUGAGAUGGCAAACUUAUCCAAUCAAGUGAACUCUUUGUCCAAACAGGCUACCAUUACCAACGAGAAAAAGGCCAGGGCAACGCAGGAGCUCAAGCGCGUUAAUGAGAUGAAGGCUGCGAUCGAAGGCAAGCUGGCGACAUUGCGCUCUACUCAUGAACAGAAUGUUAAGGAAACUGAAACUUUGGAGGCUCAAUUAGCCGAGGCAAACAAAGAAUCUGAGGGUUUGAAUCAGCAGUUAGCAGUAAUCGAAGGUAACUAUCACGCGACCGAGUCAAAAGUGAGGGACCUGACCGAUGAGUUGCAGCAAGCUCAGCAAAAGAAUGCCCAAUUGAAAGAACAGAUCUCGAGUCUGAACUCAAAUUCGGCUGCUCUUCAAUCACGGUUAGCGGAAAGACAGCAGCAUGUGAAGCAGGAAAGAUCUUUGGUCGAUGUUAACAGCAGACAGCUAGAGGUAAGUCAAAUCACGGUUGCAAAUUUCGAAAGUGAAAUCCAAGGACUUGGUGAAAAGUUAUCUGUGUAUCUAUCGAAGCGCAAAGAAUUGGAUGAUUAUCAGAAAACCGUCGAGGAACAACAUUCCCAAUUGCAAACCAAGUAUCAAGCGCUGGAAACUGGAAAUGCGGACUUGAAGGCCCGUGAGGAAGAGCUUGAAAACCGCAACAAACAAGUUGAGGAACAAGAGAAACUUUACGAGCAGCACGUCAAUCGACUACAAAAUAUGUUCGUGGACCUUUCCAAGAGAAAGGAAUCCCUGGACAAAGCUGAGGAGGAUUUGGAAAAGCAACAUAUAGAAUAUGCUAAUAAGGUUCAAGACCUAUCUGAGAGACAGAUGAAAUUGGCCAUGGGCGAAUUGCCCAGUGACAGCAAGGAGAUUAUCUCGAAGAACACAGCAUCAAAUGCAAACCGCGAAGAAGAUGUGUCCAAGUUCGUAGAUGACAGUGUGGCAAACUCCAAACUAGGUAAUGCAACGAAUGAAGAUGAGGAAAGAACUGAGAGCGAAGUUUUUGAUAAGGAUGUUCCCACCAAUGGCUCACAAACGGAGGCUGACGACGAGUCCGAGGCUGCGAGACACAUUAACGAAGCCGAACGAGCUGAAAAUUUAGCCGAUAGAUUUGAAGGCGAUCUAAAUGAGUAUGGAAUUCCAAGGUCGCAGUCUCUUACCUCAUCAGUGGCCAAUAAUCCUCCUCAAUCUGUUAUGGAUGAUACAGGAUUACCACAGAAGCUUGACGAGUCUGCUGGUGCGAGGACAAAUGAUAGAGACUUGACGACAGCGGCUACUCAGAUUCCGGGUCACUGGGAGGAACCUGCUACUUCCACUGCCGGCACUGCUCAGCCAACCUCUUCCCCAGAGGCGUCAUCAAAGACAGAGGCUGAACCACUAUCCAAUGAUAAAGCUCACUUUGCUAAUAAAAAUGUGUCACAACAUACAUCAUCCCUGGUGGCUUCAGGAACUGCGCCAAGUUUUGAGCAAGUUGUUCCAAAAUCAAAUAACGAUACUAAUGAAGUAUUUCCUCCAAUAAAGAACCUUCACAUCGAUGACAGUACUUCAUCCUCAUCAUCAUCUGAAGAUGAAUUUCAAGAUACAAGGGAAGAAGCUGUUGCCGGUGUUGAGAAGAAGAAGGGGUUCGCUACUACAGUAGGCGAAGAUCACCCAUCCAAGUCGAAUCAACAGCAAACUAUUGCUACCCCAAGUGCUCCAACUGCAAAGGAUGAGUUCGAUGAUGCUUUCACUGGCCUAGAGCAGGCCGCUGAUGAAGAGGGACAAGAUUUAGCAGAUGAUCACCAGAACAGUGGCUCCAUGGAAGCUUUCGAAAAGAUUGAUCACGGGGAUUUGGACGAAGAGUUACAGCAUAAUGCAUUUACAGGAACUCUAACAAGUGAUACUGGUGCUCCCGCGGGGGGCCCUCACGACGUAUCAGAUAAUGUUAGCAAUGAUGAAUGGGAUGAGAUUUUUGCAGGGUUUGGAAAUGCCAAAGUACCAGUGACUAAUACAAACACGGGAGCGUCCACUGACAUUCCAGUGCAGCAGCCAGUUCCCUUAACGCAAAAUUUCAAUUCUACUAGCUCCCCAGUAAACCGUAAGAUCGCCACCACUCCCAGAUCUUUAGCCAUUGAAGAAUUGAGCGGUAUGGGCUUCACUGAGCAGGAAGCUUUGGGCGCUUUGGAAAAAACAAUUGGGAUUUGGAAGCAGCUACCAAUUUCUUGUUGGACAGUGCUUAAAUGA